AACCAUCAAAGAGCUCAUUUAAGAAGAGAAGCACUCAAGACGAUUCAUUGCUUCUUUGCAUAACUCAUUGUCCUCAAGCAAGAUGCCCGCCAACAAAAUCCUUUCCAGCCAGACGAUCAAAACCGUCGCCAACAGUGGCAAGAACGUCAUGGUUAAGUAUGCCACUAAGACUGAGACUUGGGAUCGGAGCUACCUAGCCAGUAGCGUUCAGGAUGAUUUCAGCAAAGCUAUAGAGAAGGCCGAUAUUCCUGCCGGCGCCACGGUCGCCAUAUUGGCUGAAAAGGAGCAUCCAAGCUCGAGCGAUAGCAAGAGUCACUUCACCACUGUCUUUGAGGACAAGGACGGCAACCACGUUUCGACUAAGCACGUCUAUCCUUGAGUCUAAAGUGUCGGGCUGGCAUGUAUUUUGAAGCACUCUUUUUAUGUGGGAAGGACGCGGGAGAAGUGGUGGAAUUGGCACUUGGACACUCGUUUGUGAUGUAGAGACGGACUGUGUGUGGUGAGGGAAUGUUGGAGAUCUAUUACGCAAAAGUGUUGAGAUGAAAGACUUGUUAGACGUCAGUAAUUACAACCCAAGUACUAUCCGAUACCUUUCCACAUCUUCCAAUUCUAUACAUUUGCACCAAUCUGGAUCGUCACCUCGCUCGUUUGCAAUCCUAUCAAUGCCGUGGGAGCUCUUCAACUCAGUUCCAAUAAGGAUCCAUUACAAUAUCCGACAUUAAUGCUCUCUUCGCUGGAUCGAGAUUUGUCAUUCUCAAUAUCAACCUCUUUGCCUCGUUGUCAAGGUUAGGAAGCCUCUCCUCAGACCAUUGCUCAAAAGCUUCGUUUGAUUCGUCUUCUGUUAUGGCCUGCCACAGGUCUUUUAAAAGCGCUCCCGCUUCCUCGUCGUUGACAUGCUCAACGAGCGCAUCUGGUAGCGGGCCGAAGGCGGAAAGCAACAUGAACAAAAUCACUGGCUCGGGUUCAGUAUCAAGUUUCUCGAAGUCUGGGUGAAAGCAUUGCGCGCCCGUGAUAACGUAGAGACACUAGGAGCCACGAUUAGCAAGAUUGGUUCCGGCCAAACCAAAAAUUGACUCACUAGAAGUGCAUAAGAGAACACGUCCGAAGGUUUCCCAACACCCUUCCCCAGUUGCCCUUCUGGGCUACGCCACAUGACGUUCCCCAUCCUUUGGUUUAGGAGCUUUUGGCCUUCCAGUUUCAAAGCACAGUCCAUAUCCCCCAAUGCCACCUUUCCAAGCUGGAAUUGAUCCUUCUCGUCCACAUACCAAUUGAGAAAGACAUUAUUUGGCUUUACGUCUAGAGAAAAAUAGGUCAGCGGAGUGUUAUUGACAACAGCAGCGAACUUUGAUGGCAUUGUACCUAAGUGUAUCCAAU